AUGAUCAGGACGAUAUUUUGGAAUCUGUUGGAACCUGUGAAGCCUCUAAAUGAUACUCUGUUUGCUGGAAGAAGCCCUGAUCUCAACCCACUAGAUUAUCGGCUUUGCUCCGAACUGGAGAAGAUGGAUGCCACAGAGCACACCCUAACUUGGGAAGCCUCAAACAAUCUCUGGUCCGAGCAGUUGAGCGCUUUCCUCAAGGAGUGCUGCGUGCUGCUAUUGAUGGCUGGCCACGGAGAUUAA